AUGCUAGCAUUCGCCUUAUAUCUUUGUUGUGAUUAUCAGGAAGCCUAUGGACACGAAUCGAAUCUUAUCCGAUGUUGUAUUAGAUGGACACCUAGUAAACAACAACAUCCUAGUGAGAUUCCUAUUAAAAUAAAGGGUACCUAUCUAAUAGAUGAUAAAUGGGUGGGACUAUUCCCUCAAGCCGAGUUUGGCGGUCCAUUUGAUGAUAUACCACUAGAAGGCAUCAAGAGAGGGGAUGCCACUGGUUAUCAUUGGAAUGCUAUGCUUCUCCGUCCUCCUGGAACGGCUCUCUUCAAAUUCGUCCUUCCCAAUAGUGAUGAGGUUGUAUGUGAAGCCCUGCCCAAGAUUGGAAAGACCGAGAAGGAGGAGGGAAUACAUAAUAUUAUUCACUUCAAAUGGGAUGCACCAAUAACAGAGGAUCCUCAGUGUGUGUUUGAUAAGACAAGUACAGAUGUUAGCAGUGCAGAUGAUGAAAGACCUACGGAUCCUCGAUUUAAAGAAGAUUGGGGAAAGUUGAAGUUGUCUUGGUUAAUCGAGGAAGAUGAGGUUAACGUGAAG